AUGGUCACAAUUGAUUUUCCUGCACCGAUGGAACAGCGGGUGAUGAAUGCCCUCAAGGCUGAUCCUAACUCAGUCGACCUCCGGGCACAGGCACCACACUUCUAUGCACUAGGCGCUCAUGUUUUGGACCUGUUCGAAGACGAAAAUGUCAUUGAUAUCUUGACCGAGACUUUUCGCAGUCGCGCAGCCAGAAUAGCCGACCACGGUCACAAUGCACAAGGAGCCUUGACUGAUGGGGCAGACUUCCUGCGAGGUCUGGAUGAGACAGAGAGGCAACUCUUUCGGAGUGCCCACGAUAGACCCAAGGAUGUCAAAGCGUGGUCACAAAAUUUGAAGAGGACGACAUAG